AGACCACAUUCCAGACAAACAGCGCCCCCAUGUGCUUCCACCGGGUAGUACCGUUUAGGAACAACAAUAGCAGCGGAGUGGGAAGGAAAUUCGAUCCAUUUUAACGAGUACAACAGGCGGCAAAACGGGACUGCUGGGGAAAUGUCACUACUGCUGUAGUCGUUUUCUAAAACCACAGCCAGGAAACUCCGCUCAGCUACGACCAAGAAGAUGUGUCAAAGACGGAAUGUUAUUUGUGUGCAACCUUCAGGAGGAAGAACACUGCAGUUCAGUGAGCGCGAAUAGAACUGCUCAUAAAUACAAUGGUAUUCCGGUUUGCUGAAACGGAAGCAUUCUGUCUCCGUAAGUGUGCAUGCUGACAUUGUGGCGCAGCUUGUUUUGUAGCGGGACUGUGAACAAAAUGGAGGAGAUUAAGCUGUUGUUAAGUUGAGGGCUGUGUGUGGAUCUGUGCUGCUCACUGAAGGUGAGUGAACCGUUCUGUGGACAGACAAAGAUACACGGGCAGAUCUCUGGGUGAUAUUGAUAAGACAGCCGCGUACUGUAAACUCACCCAGCUUCUGUAACGGCUUCACUUCCAAAGAAGGAGCAUAGUCUGUCUCACAAUGUAACGUUAUCCAUCAUGUGCACACUGAAGACAGGGUGUGUUUCAAAGCCUUGAGUUACCCACAGCAGCGUAACAAACACAUAAAAAUGACUGACUCGGGGGAUACAGCAAGUGUGCCCAGCACCUCCGGCCUCAGCAGCGGGGCCGGGAUCACAUUCACCUCGGGCAGAGGACUCCCAGGCCGGGUCAGGAAUCUGUCGUCUCCCAUUCCACCUGGAAGACUGACGUCCCUCAGAACCAGGGACCUGACACUGGGGGGAGCCCUCAAAAAACCAAAGAAAACCUUUGAGCCGAACGUCCACGCUGUGAGGAAAAGCAAAGAUGAGUUAAAAGAAACGGUCCAUGUGCCUCCAAAAAAGGAGAGAAGAGAGAGGGAUGAGAGGAGGAGAGAGAACAGAGGCAGGAGGAGAGAGAGGCCUCAGACCAUCCAGUCUCACUCCAUCUUUGAACAGGGUCCUGCAGACACUAUCCAUAAAACAGGCUGGCGCGGUGCUACAGACCUGCAUGACUCCACCACCUCUCCUGUGUGUAAACUGGUGAAGAAAGAGAAGAAAGAGUCAGAGCAGGAUGAAGAUGAGAUACUCUGUAAACUACAGAGGGAUGAUUUCAUAGAUGAUCCGGGUCUGAAGAAUGAUGUCAAGCUGAAACCCAUCCAGCUGCCUCUCAGUCAGUCCACCAAGACGGCCAGCACAACACAUCCAGAGAACCCUCCUCUUUUCAGACCUUUGUCCUGUGGAGCUCAGAUUAGAGCAGACCACAGCAGGACAGAGCAGCCUAAGCCAGAUCAGCCAUCCCUGGUAGAAGUUCUGCAGGACCUCAGCCUGUCCGGCAGAGAGGAGCUCUUCUUCAUGCAGUUACCUGACUGCAUGCCAGGCAGAACAUCUGGACAGAAGGUCGACGCCACUCUCAGAUCUACAGCAGAUAAACUGGCCAACAAGGAAGGCAAGCCUGAAGACAAGAGGCCUGCACAUCUACAAGCACAAGAGGCUGCCAUGAAGGAUGGCUGUCCUGUCCUCUCACAGUUCCCAGAAGGAUUUUUGGGUAAACUGCAGAUCAGGAAGUCAGGAAAGGUGGAGCUGAAGCUGGGUGACGUUGUCAUGGAUGUCUCAGAGGGAGCUGCUUUCUCCUUCCUGCAGCAGCUGGUGUCUGUGCGUCUGUCUGAUGGUCGGACUGGAGACAUGAUGGUGUUGGGAAACGUCCACCACAAACUGGUCUUAUCUCCAGACUUCCAGGCUUUACUGAGACAAGCUGGAGCACAGCAGGAACAAGGACCCUGAUGGAGGACCUCUCAGCUGCUACAUGAGAUCCAACAGAACUGAAAGUUACACGCUCUCUAACACGAGUAACCAACUGUGAUGGGAGGCUUUGUUUUUCACUGUGGGAGUGAAUGACAGGUCCUCUAACAUCCACUGUCUACACCGCUGCUCUGAAGUUUUGAAGGCAGCUAUGUAGGUGACCUUCAGUGGUCUGUUUUAAUUUUUUAUUCUGUGAACUUUUCUGGAAACUUUUUCAAAUCCAGUGACAGCAAAGUAUGAAUGAUUAGAUUUUUUUCUGGUGUGAAGACUCUGCCAGAGGAUUGUCAGCUGCCUGCGUGGUUUUUGGAAAGAUGGUUCUAUAUUGUCACCUGAGCACUGAUGACCCAGUACAGAUGGAGGAGAGUCAGCCAGUUCUAUACACACCAGCACAGCACCCAAGUGACUGAAAACCAGCAAAAAAAUAGGACCAUCAGCUAGUCGCUAAGUUAGCAGCUGCCCUUGUCUCAGUUUCAGACAAAGAGAACUCUGGAUUUUAUUUCAAAACCAGUCACAGCUGCAUUGUCUAAUUUAUUUGUUAACAUUGUGUUUGGAUGUGAAACUCCCUGCUUCAUGAAAUCAAUAACUUGACUCAUUUCAAAUUUUUUAAUACUUGACUGCUGUGACCCCUCCACACUCCUCUUCACAUGCUCUCCAGCUACAAAUGCAUGAGACCGAGAAGAAGCUGUCUCCCUAAAUCACAAAAUGUUCAUCGACAAAACAUCAAGCAUCCUCUUCAAGACUCACAUUGAAAUUUGGUGAAUAUUAGCUCCAAGGUAGACUGUGGUCUUGGUCUUGGUCUUGAUUGGGUCUUACUCUGCCUUGUCUCUGUGUUGUUUUAGUCUUAACCCCUCAAAGUCUCGGUCUUGUUUUGGUCUCUAUACACUCUGAUCUUGGUCAUGACUUGGACUUGAAAGCUAAAAGGUGCAAACCAAAUGUACAUUUCUGGACUAGCUAGUUACUGCACUGAUGCACAGCUGGAUGUUUGUAGCAUUAAGCUAACAUAGAUAUAGUAGUAUUUUAAAUAUUAUGUUUGUUAUUUGUUUUGUUCUGUUUUUGCUACCUCAGCAUAGUUUUGUUCACAUCUGUAUGAGUUUUUAUAGUUUUUGUAGUUCAACUACAGAGUCUAGUGAGUCUCAGUGAAUUGAGCUGAAGUUCUCCUGGUCCCGAUGAGCAUGCAGCAGCAGUGCGUUGAUAUAUAAGCUUCCUUUUAAAGCUCUGGAGCAGACUUCCAUGCUGUGACAUGAUCAUAGACUGGAGGGGCGUGUGUCUUUGCUCUCAGCUCUGGAGUGACCUGCUUAAAGGAGCUCAGGUUCACCAUGUCACCUUCCUUUAACUCACUUCAUUUUUAUUGACCAGCGUAAGUUUAAUCUUUUAUACUGAUGCCUGUUUGAUAUGCUGCACACUGUAGAUUCUCUCUCUGUAUUACUGUUGUUUAUAAUGCCUUCAUUUUAUUUCUGUCUGUUCCGUGUAAAACACUUUUUUGAGAGAUGCUAUACAAAUAAACUGCAUUAUGAUUAUUAUUA